GGCACCAGGCGAGCUUCGCAGGCGACAGCAGAGCGGGGCGCCAUGCGUCUCGCCUGCCCAUGGACGCCGUCGCCUCGGAUCGCAGCGCCCCCCCGGGAGCAUUUCGCCGGCGGCAGCGCGCGGUGGUGGCCACGGUGGCCAAAGAAUGGCUGGGCUGUCGGUCUCGCACUGGCAGCCAAGCGCCCGACAAACAAAUCUAUGACAAAGGCAACUGUUGCCAAGGAGCAAGAUCCUUGUUAUACGGUGGUGCAGUCGCUAAUCGAGAGCGGAGGCACAGAGGAUAUCCAGUGUUUUUCUACAUUUUGCCGAGGGAUGGGGCUGGCCCUCCAUGACGUGCUGUCCAGAUGCCCGUUUUUGGAACAAAAGGAUGACAGCGUGACAGUUGCCAACGUCGAUGACCUAGCAGCAUUCUGCCUCGAACACUGGAUGCUGGAGACAGAGCAACUGGUGGUUCACAUGGGCCAGGCCGGCGAGCAACUUCAAAAGGAGAUAGAGAUGCUUGACAAGUCGUUGAAAGGCACAAGGACCAGCAAGCUGAGAAGCUUCUUGCAGAAGUACCCCGGCAGAUUCAGGAUUGAUUCCAAAUCACCAAAUGUCUUCAUGCUUGUACAGCAGCAGCGGCCGCAACGAGCACGACAGCAACAGCAAGUCAAUCAGGAGAUGGACCCGUACUAUGCAGUGGUAGAGAACUUGAUCAAGGAAGGUGGCACGGUGGACUUUGAUGGAUUCGUAUCGCUGUGCGGCUCUCACCAGCUGACCUCGCAUGACGUGCUUUCCAGAUUCGACUUCCUGGAGGAGAAAGACGAUGGGUGGCCUAUAGUAACCGUUGGCAAUGUCGAUGAUUUGGCGGCGUACUGCCUGGAACAUUGGAUGAAAGGCGCCGGCGCAGAGUGCAUCUUUUUAUCAGUUGCAUCCCCCGCGUUACACACUAUCCUGAAGCCGCUGUCCCCAGAGCUGAGCGACCAGCGGACGCAGAAGAUCUCCAAACUUGUGCGGAAGUAUCCGCAGUUCUGCGUCAUUGGGUCUACGGGUGUCAUGUCCUUGCGUGAGCCGUGGGCUGUUCCAGAGUUCCCAGUGAGCGAGUCUGAAGCGGAGAGCAACGAAGCCGCAGAGGUGGACGCGGAGAACACUGAGGGCUCGGAGCCUUCGGUGGCAAUCUUGCGGGACUCCGCGACGAGGUACAUGGACCUGCGCUUAAAGGGCUUAAAGAUCAAGCGGAAGGACUCAAAGAUCACAAACGAUCGCGUAACUGUCGCGCAGAGCUUCGAGACCUGCAUCAGCCAGCAUGGCAUUUUGAGAGCCGAAGUGGUUUUGGCAGAGAUUGACAAUUUCUGCAAGCUCCGCGGGAUCUCGGAAGUGGAGCUGUUGCGGAGUGCUGACAUUGGCCCCAUUCUGGCGGGGUAUGUGAAGACCUUGGUUUUCAUAGAGACUGUCAUUCGCGUUACCUUGGCAAGUCAUCCGGUUGUCACAUUGCAUGAAUUGGAGCAAUACAUUCUUCAGCACCGAAUGUUUGCAGGGAAGAGUCGUUUUGAGGAUGCCCUUGUUGGCAAGCUGCAAUUUCAUCCUCUUGUGCAAGAUGCUUUCGGCUUGACGCACCUUGGCUCUCUUGAAGGUUUGCUGGAAUUCCCUCGUAUUUCAUCUGCAGACGUUAUCCGUUCCCUUUUCUCUGCGCCGGUGCUGAGCUGUUUUGCAGCCAGCAAGCGCUUCUCGGACCUUCGGGCGCGUUCCAUGACAGCAAGCCUGGCACAAUUGGCGGCCAGCAACGGAUUUAGUGAUUUUCGGCAGAUGGGUAUCGCCGUGCAGGAUGGCUCCUUCCUUGGAGAGAUGGUUCCUCUUUUGAAUAGGCAGCGAUGCACCACAGAAAUUCAGCUGUGGCGGCACGGUGCCCAGUAUGUUGCCCAGGCUUUGGCCGAAUGGACUUCCUUAGCCUGCGCUCCGCAACAUCAAGUCUUCUUAGAAGAGUUGGCUCGGCUGUCAGCGCCCCAGAAACAGGAGGAGUUUGUGCAAAGCAUCCUGCGGGAAAGGCCGAGUUGGCAGCAGAAGACGUUGCCUAGCGCAUCAGGCUAUGUGAAACUGCUGUUUGGAGAGUUGCUGGGGGUUACUCAGAAACUGUUGGCAGAAAGCGGAAGCGCAGAAGAUUCAGCUGGAGAUGCAGUUGACCUUGUCAACACAGAUGAGCGUGAUGCUCUCGUGGGCACAGAUGAGGCUGACGCACAGCUUUCCAUGUCUCAGCCGACAGGCGACCAAGUUCUCGCACAGCUCUGCCAACAGCUUCGCUUGCAGAGCAACACAAGUGACAUGCUGGAGGUCAUUGGCAGAACAGGCCUGCGCUGGUCCAACGCUGUGUUUGCAAGCUGGCUGCAAGAACACAGCUCCAGCAUUGCUGCUGCCAUGGGGUCUAUUGGACCUAGUGGACAGGCUCUGGAACUGGAGAACGGCGCAAGGGAACUUGCAGGGCGCAUGGUCGCUGCCGCCCCAGGCACUUCAACUCAACUGCUUCUCCGUGCGCUCGGGGUGCAUUUCCAGGGCAUGUUGAAAGAGGCUGAGCUGGGCAGCAUCGUUGAGGAAGCGCAAGAGGCCUCGGCGACCGCUGAGGGUCCUCCGGCGGGCGUGGUGCUGAACUUGGCGCAGGCGGUGGCAGCUUGGAGCCAGGAUGGCUCGGAGAGCGACUGCGUCACGGGCUCGCGAGCACUGGAGCAGGCCGCCCAAGCGCUGCUGUCGGCGCCUUUGCUGAUGGAUUUGACAGAGGCCCUGCCGCAGUGGAGCCGAGACUUCAGGGGCUUGGGCGACUUGGUCUCCUUUGUGCGGUCCGCAGACUUCCAGGCCAUUGCUCAGAGGAAAGGCGCUGAGGGCUGCCUGGUGGAGGUGAGACAUGGCAGCUUUGUCCGUGUGCCGCGGCGGAGCGAGUGCCAGCUUGACAGCCUCAACUCCGCGGUGAAUUCUGAGAACGCCCGGGAGGCGGCGGCCAUAGUUUUCGCACGUCUGGUGCGGGAGGGAAAGACUUACAUGGAGAUGAUGAGGGAGAGCGUGUCCGUAGGCUACAAAGACUUCAAAGAAAGUGAGAACUUCUUGCUGCGGGCUGUUGCUGCCCUGCCGCUGCAGGCCCCGAGGGAGGCCAUCGACGUACUGUCCGCGGGGUACUUGCGCCUGGAGAGGCCCCGGCUAAAUAUGGCGGCCGCUGCAAGAGGGGGAAGCUUGCGUCACCGGCUUGCUCUGAAAAGGUUGGCCUGCUACUUCAACUUCCCCGAGUGGGAGGAGAUCGCGGAGGUUGAAGCAGGAAAGGCAGAGGUAGCGAGAGAAGUGGCCAAGGCCUUCCUUCAAAAGGAGACUGAAAAGGAACGAGAGGCCCUGGAGACAGUGGAGGCUGACGUUGCGUUGGAGGAGAGCAGGGCAAGCCGAGUUCAACUGGAAAGCAACGAGGAGGUGUGUUGGCGCAUCGCCGCGCUGAAGAAGGUGGACUACAAUUGCGUGGAUUUGGAGAAGCGGGUUUGGAUUCAAGAGCCUGAAGACGAAGGAGUUCGCGCCUUACAGAGCACAGUGCAGGGUGCUGUCAAGAGACUGUCGGAGGACCUUUACAGCGGCGAGGCCCACUUUCUGCUGGAGCUGCUGCAGAACGUAGAUGACUGCACCUACGCGCAAUCUGCAACGCCAACUUUGAAGCUGCGCUAUGAGACGCGGCGGGACAAGUUUGCGGAGAUCACCAAUUUCAAAGCGGCCGCAACUGUGGAAGGCCUGCUGGUGGUGGAGCACAACGAGACCGGCUUCAAGACGCGGAAUGUAUUGGCGAUUUGCGACAUCGAUAAGUCCACAAAGCUUGCGCGUGAGAAGCGGUUCAUCGGCGCCAAGGGUAUUGGCUUCAAGUCCGUUUUCCUGGUCACCGCAACCCCUGUCAUCCAGUCUGGCAUCUUCAAUUUCCAUUUUGACUCCGACGCUUUGAAUGGUCUUGGGUCUUUGCUGCCCUUCCCCUUGCCAGCGAACUUGACAGCCUCAAGUGGCACACGCUUGGUGCUUCCCCUGGAUGCAUCCAGCGGGCCCUUGAAGAAGCGAGGCCUGCGAGCAGAGGACGUUGGGCGCAGGGCCUUGCUGGACGUGAAGCCCACGCUGCUCCUCUUCUUGCGCAAGGUGCAGCAGAUCCAGGUGUCUCGGAAUGGUCAGGAGGAGCGGCUGAUGAAGAAAAAGACUCAUCCAAAGAGUGCCAGCACUGAAGAGGUGGAGCUCUUCACCAUAGGAAGUUCCCAACUGGUGGAGCGAUGGCUGUUGCACACCCGCGUCUUGACGUUGAGAGGCCAAGAUGGCGACGUUGCCUCAGAGCUGAAGUUGGCCUUUCGCCUGGAUCAGUGUGGCCCUCUCCCAGCGCAGGAGGCGCACGCUUGGCUCCCCUUGCGAUCUUAUGGUCUACGCUUCAUCGUGCAGGCGGAUUGGCAGGUCCCCUCUUCCCGAGAGGCCAUACAGGACAACGUCUUCAACCAGCAGGUCCGAGAUCAGGUCCCCAACGCUUUUGCGGACGCCGCCAGAGUGCUUGCGGAUGAGGCGGAGAUGCUGUCGCUGCAAGAAGCCAGCAGCAGGCUGGCGCCGUUGUACCACGCCAUGCCCAUACACGGCGAUGCCAUCGACUUCUUCCAGGGCAUGGAUGCGGCGAUUCUGGAGGCCAUGCAGGAGGUGCGAUGUGUGCUGGUCCAGGCAGAGAACAUGAAUGGGGACACAGAGACUGACGGCGCUGAAGAGGAGGGAAAGGAUGCCAGAGAAAGUCAGUUUCAGUUGGUGGUGCCUCAGCAGGCGGUGAGGGCGGACUUUCCGACGGGUGUCCCCGCCAGGUCCACGAGUUCCUUGGUACGGCUUUUGGCAGAGGCUGGGCGUUUCGUGGAGACAGGCGGUAUGCCGGCACGGGCCGCGGACGCCUUGCGAGUACCUGUGGUGGAUGCGGAGGUGGCAUUGGAGUGUUUGAAGACGCUCGCCCAGCGGCCGUCGACCUCAGAUGAGGAGCACGUGGAGCUGCUGCGCUUGCUGCUGCUCACCAUUGCAAGUACCAGGCCGGCGCUUGGUGAGAAGGUGCGGAAGUUGGCUGUGCUGCCCGUUGAGGAAGGGCGACUGGUUAGCUUGGAGGAGGAAGACUUGAAGGGCUGCAAAGUUUACGACAUACCAGCCAGCAUGGCCGGCGUAGAGAAGAUGCUGGGCCAAGGAUAUCGCUUGGAUCCACGCCUUAGCGGGCUUGCGGAGCCCGAGGUGAUGGACUUUCUGGUGCUACUGGGUGUGGAGCGAGUUGAGGGCUUGGCCUUCAUGGAGAAGGAGCUCUUGCCAGUGCUGACUCGCCCCGAAGAGCCUGACCCUGAGAGGCUACUGUUGGCCACCCGCACUCUCAGGAGCCUACUGUCAUAUUGCGAGCAGCCUUUGCAAGAAGUCAUUUUGGAGAAGCUUGGGGAGUGGUGGGUCUUGGACAGCAAAGAUGCCGUCCGCAAAGUUGGCAAAGCUGAAGCGCUCCACCUGACUGUCCUUCCUCCAGAGCUAGAAGGGAAGCUUGAUUGGAUGAUUCCCUCACCCCGGUACAAGGAUGAGGACUGGGAAGACUUCUGGCUGUUGCUGGGCGCUGUGCCCCUCUUCCGUGUGACGCGCACAGAGGCCGGGGACUACGAAAGCGAGGACUUGGCGAAGCUCUUACAAUGCGCAAAGACGCCAGAGAUUGCUCGAAGCCUCGUGCAGCUCUUGGUGCCUUUUGGGGACUACUAUGCACCCUACCUGUGGAAGGCUGAGGAUUCAGCAACGGCCCCGGCCCCCUCAAGCGUGGGGCGUCUGCUGUGCGAGAGCGCCUGGCUGCCUACCCAGCAGAAAACAAUUGUCUCAAUGAACUUGGCUUGCCUCGACGGCCCGGAGCGUUUCCGUUUCGACGAGUGCGUGAAAGAGUUGGCUGACGCUUGGCCGCUGGGCAUAGCAAAGGCUUCUACGCGAACCUUGGUCUCCAUCCUGAGGAGUUUGAGGGAGAAGCCUUCAGGCCUGUCAUGCCCGCAGAUGGCCUCUUUGUAUAUGAUGUUGGAGGAUCCUGGUGUAAAUGAUGCGACGCUCUUUGCCAACGUGUUUCCGGACUGUGACCUGGACGCCUUUUUGAGGGACGAACCUUGGGUUUUCAUCCCCGACCAUCCAAAGCCGCACGGUGGAUUUGAGCAGUGGUAUCGGAGGACAAGCCAAGACACACGCAGCGGAGCUUUCUACAAAGUCAGCCAGCUGGUUUACAAAGACGCUGCAGAGUGCUUGGACGGUUUCAGCGCGAACGCUAGCGACGAGCUGAUUGACUUGAUGAGGCAAACCUUGGACAAGCGAGUUGUUGCCAACUAUUAUUUCAGCGCGAAGACCUUGUGGCCCGCCUCCUGGCAAGAGUCGGAAAAAAGCAAGACAGACAAUCGCUCGGACUUUCACACCCUGGCGAAAAUGGAUAUCCAAGAGAGGUUGGAGCUGGAGGACUACAUUCAGGUCCUGAAAGCGAUCGAUGAGCUGGUGGGCAGCCGCCCAGCCAGUCAGCUUUCCAGGGUGCCGCGGUUUGUGGGCCAGAUCCUGGCAGUUGUAGCUCGCCUCCUGCAGGCUGAGCUGGAUCGGGUUGACGGAGAUCCAGUAGCGGAAAAGAGAGUCGUUGCCAAGUUCCGGGAUCCGUUGUUAGAGGCUCGCUUUUUGCAGGCCGCAGACGGAACCUGGCAGUCUUUGAAGACUCUGCAGUGUGUGCCUCGCGAAUGGAGAAAGACUCCCGACUGGUUCAAGGAGGCCCUGCAAUUGGUUGCCUGCCCCAAGGGGUCCGAGCGCGCGGUCAAGAGCAUCAGGGAUCUCUUGAGGCUGUGUGAGCUGCAAGGCGAGUACAAAUUAUUGAAGUGCGCAGUGGUCACAGUGCGCGAGGACGAUGCAGAUGCUGUCGCUGUGCGUCAGCAACUCUGUGCAGCCGCGAGAGACGUCCGAGCCGCCAGCUCGAUGCUUCAGGAGUUGGCCGCAGAAGUGGAGAAGGUGCUGGCGGAUGUCUCUGUCGUUGCGUGCGCUGGGGUCUCGAUCUUUCAGGCUUUGGCCUUGGAGGAGGCCACUCCAAGAGCGGCCGCAGCUGGAGAGCUCCAACUGCUUCAGCUGUCAGGGCAAUCGCCGUCGCUUGAGGGUCUGGCGCCCGCUGCGUUCACAAAAAGCUUGGGCGAAAGUACAGGCUCUUUUGUUGGCUAUUCUUGCGGACGCCUGAGCCUAGCUGUGCAGCGCAAGGACUUUGAGGUUGAGUCGUUGGCCAAUUCAGUGCUGGGGGCAGCUUUGCGGCAAAUGAGUGUGGAGAAGCAGGCCAAGUUCCUGACCAACCAAGCCUUCACGCCAGACGGCCUGGCUGCUCGCAAUGUGCUGAUGGUGGCGCUCCAGGAGGCCAGGUGCGCUACACAAUCCGGCGGCGAGGCGAGCAAAGUGACGGGGGUCAGCAGAGCAACAGACCGCGACAGCGCUGACGUCAGCGACGCCACUCCCGAGGCCACUGGCGCUGUCUCUCCAGGAGUUCAAAGGAUCCUGGACUUUUGGAACGAGCCCAUGGACGUGAACGAUGAGGAGCGCUUGACCUCGCUUUCGCUUGACCUGGGCAUGGAGGUCUCGGAGGUCUCAGUGGAGGAGCUCCUCCAAAAUGCUGAGCAGGCGCUGAACUACAAGAAGGCCAGACGGGCGAAACCUUCCACCCGCCCAGAUGUGAGCACGGCGCGGAGCUCGAGCAGCGCGAGCGCACUGGGCAGUCAGAAAGGCGCCGAGCGGCAACAUGCCAACGCUUUGGCAGAGUUUGAGGUCUUAGGCCCCUAUGUGCCCUACGAUGCGGCGAAGGAGGCAUUUGACGGGGAGCAAGGCCAGACUUCCAAGAGGAUUUCCACUGGGCGGACACCAAGCGGCGCUAGCGCUGCCAGCGAGUAUGAGACGCGCGACAAAGAUAAGACUCCUUCUCUCGAGAAAGGUGUAAAGAGAGCCGUCUUGCAGCCAUCCCCAUCUCAGUCCCAGAAGAGUCGAUCCCAACCCCAGACCUUCUCGAUGCCUUUCAUUUAUGAGCCGGCGACGAUUGCUCAGACACAGAGCUUCGUGGACUUGACGCCCGAGAGGCCGGCCUUGGAGCUCGAGUCCGCACGCGCUGGAGCCUCUGAAGCGAGAUCUGGGAUGUCCGCAACCGUUGGCAGGUUUGGGGAGCAGUUGGCGCAGAGGGCGCUGACGCAAUUAGGCUACCAAGUGCUCUGGCUGAACGAUGGCUUGGAGCGGGGUCUGCCCUUUGACUUGAUGGUGAGGUCAAAUGGCAGCUUCUCCUUCCUCACGGAAGGCGGCCGAGUCAGCCAGGAGAAGAUCGAUCAGCUCUUUGAGCAAGCUUUGAGAGGCGAAUCGCCCACCGACAUCUCUUUCGUUGAGGUGAAAUCCACCAGCUUCGCCGCCGCCAGCUACGAGAUGUCGUACAACCAACUUGGAGCCAUGCAGAUCUUGGGAAGCCGCUUCUGGCUGGCCAGGUGCUCGGAUGCGUUGCGUGAUCCGAAGCUUCGGCUCUGGCGAGACAUGUCAAAAGCCUUGCGCCAAAGAGAGAUACGUUUGCAGCUGCAGCCCUGAAGGGCAUGUUGUUUCACCCGCCAAAAUUCGGGCGAACUCAGCACGCACGUGGAUUUGUAAGACUUCUCAGGCCGUGAGGCUUUGCGGCGCCGAGUGCUGGAAAAGCACCCUGCCACGGGGCUUUGCGCUUGAUGCCUCCCUGUGUCAGCCAGACGCCGCAAUUGCUGCACAGGCGUUGAUGGGUUGCUUUGUAGCUUGUGCCUGCGACUGC